AUGUCCUGCGCGUGCGUCGCGCACCGACCGCCGCCCUCCCAGCAGGCCGCUCGGACGCGCGACCUCCGCCGGCGCCCGUCCGGGGCCGUCCUUCGGCACCCUCCUGCGCCGCACGCAGCGCAACGGACGUCGCCGGCGCGCGGCGCACCGGCCCGCGCACAGGCGCCCGGCGCCGGCGGCGCGGCGCGAGAGGUCGUCUACCUGCGCAACUUCCUCCCGCGUCAGGAGUUCGAGGCGGUCUGCGCGGAGGUCGCGAGCCUGGCCGCGCGUUCGCUGAAGCCCGAGCGCAACUCGAUCGCGGAGGGCCGGCGCGGGUGCUACCUGCCGCCCGACAGCCCCGCGGUGCGCGCGCUGCUGUCGCCCGACGCGAUCGCGCGCAUCGCCCGCAAGCUUGGCGUCCCGCGCGGCGUCCGGCUGCGCCCGAGCGCGUUCCCCGCGGAGGUGCGGCGGUACCCUGUGGGCGCGCAGAUGCAGUGGCACGUGGACGAGCUGAUGUACGAGGAGCCGCAGGUGGAGCUCGUGCUGACGGUGGCGAACUCGAGCGACAGCCUGACGGAGUGGCGGGAGCCCGACGGGGCCGUCGAGAGCCACCGCACGGAGCCGAACAGCGUGCUGGCGCUGGUGGCGGGCGGCGCGAGCCACCGCGUGACGCCGGUGCGGCGCGGCGACCGGACGAUCAUCAAGACGGUGCUCACGUCGACCGACCGCACGCUGCCCGCGUUCGAACAGAACCUCGGCCGCGCCAACUACUAG